AUUGCAUCUUUUUUCCUUUUUCUUCCUUUUUCUCUAAUGUAGAAGAAAACUCCGCCAUUAUCAAAGCAUCAAGAGUGACAAAUUCCUAGAGAGAGAAAGAGAGAUGACGGAGGAGAAGAAUAAGAUAGUAUGGAAUGAGAGAGAAAGCAAAUUCGAGACAGAGGACAAGAAAGCAUACCUAGAGUACGAGGUUAGAUGUAAUGGAGGAGUGAAUGUAAUGGACAUAACACACACAUACGUGCCACCAAUCAAGAGGGGCCUCGGCCUCGCCGCUCACCUCUGCGCCGCCGCCUUUUCUCACGCCCAACACCACUCUUUAUCCAUCAUACCUUCUUGCUCCUAUGUCUCUGAUACGUUUCUUCCUCGAAACCCGACAUGGAAUUCGAUUCUGUACAAGGAAGAUGUGAAGAAAUCUAACAUGUGAACAAAGUUGCGACCGACUUUGCUGAAUGAAAUGUAACCAUCCUCUGUUUGUGUUCUUGAAUAAACAUCAUAGUACUGUCAAACUCAGACAAUAUUUAUUAGGCUGCUGUAUAAUCACAUUGCUCUGUUUCAGUUCGGUUUCAACUGUUCUUGCUCUGACUCUAAGGGUGUUCGAUUAUCUUACGGAAUUUUACUUCCGAGUUUCGAUAAUUGGAAUUAUUUUGGUAAAUGAA